UCAGUGUUGCAAAGUUGCAUACUAUUCGCUGGGCUGCGGAAGGGCCUGGCUAUGUGUGUGUGUGUAUGGAGUUUGUUUCUUACUUCCCCCUCCCCCAUCCGCUCCUGCUGCUGAGGCCGAGACAUGAAUGCGAUGAAUGUGGGGCUCACUUCAAAGCAAAUCGGGAGGGCAGCGAAAGGGGUGUUGUAAUGUCGUUAGGGGAGGAAAAAACGCACCGAGAGUGGAAGGGAUCUGCUUUUAGGUUCCCGUUUUUUAUGAUGUACCGGCGCAUACGUGAGAUGAACGUAGAUCUGUGUUAAUAAUGAUUAAAGAUAGCGUGCUUUAACAACGUGUUCUCGCACUAGUUGAGUCGGAUCGCUUCAGUUGCAGCGGAGCAAGCUAGCUAGCAAUGUCGGCUAACGCGCUCGAAGAUGGUGAAAGUGUUUUUCGCCAUCUGUGUUCACUUCUUCGGGAAGGUCUCGCGCCGCACGUACUUCCUCUCCUCGCUCGUUGUGUUUAUCUUUGAUGUUUUUGCUUUUCAUCGCACUUGUUUUUGUCACUCACCGUAGGUUGUUUUGCAUGUAGCUACUUGCGUCGGAAUAGCUGCUUCGCUUUACGAUCGUAGUGGUAAACGGGGAUUUAUUUUUCGAAAGCUCCGCUUUUCUCCGCGAUGGUUUUAUUGCGGUGUGGUGAGGUGAUCAUUUCGUGUCGCGCAUGUGUGUAUUUUUGAUGCUGGAUUAGCCAGCUAACGGAUUGUGAUUGUAGCUCCUUAAAGUUUGAGCUGUUAAAGUUAUUGUUAGGCUUGGACAAGGAUAGCUCAAGGCUUCUUUUCUCCAGAUCAGAUCAGGUCUGUUUGGCAGGCAGUCACAGGUUUUAAGGUCGAAGCUUGAAAGUGUUGGAUUUAUGGCCUUUCACGGGAGGAAUUCUUUUGCUGUGGCAUUAAAAGGAGUCUGGAUAUAAACUUUCUGGCUCGUGGGCUGUACUGGGACGGGGUGCAUGGACACUGUGAGAAUGAGUGUAAACAAGAAGGGCUGUUAUCUGGCAGACCCGGGUGGCAGCUUCACUGAGGAAUCCCCCAGACCCCCGGUGCCCGGGGAGGAGGGCGAUCUGGUGUCCAGCGAUGGGCGGCCGUACAGCCACAGUUUUUACUCCUCCAAGAGCGAGAGCCUCAAGAACGAGGCCUCCAUAGCUACGCCCAGAAGGCCCGACCUGGAUCUGGGCUAUGAGCCCGAGGGCAGCGCCUCACCGACGCCACCCUACCUGAAGUGGGCUGAGUCGCUGCACUCUCUCCUGGAUGAUCAAGACGGCAUCCACUUGUUUAGGACUUUCCUCAAACAGGAGGAAUGCGCCGACAUGCUGGACUUCUGGUUCGCCUGCAGCGGCUUCCGGAAGCAGGAGACGAAAGAGGGCAACGAGGAGAAGAUGCUGAAGCUAGCGAAAGCCAUUUACAAAAAGUACAUAUUGGAUAACAACGGCAUCGUCUCGAGACAGAUCAAACCAGCCACCAAAAGCUUCAUCAAGGACUGUGUGAUGAAGCUUCACAUCGAUCCCGCCAUGUUCGACCAGGCUCAGACUGAGAUUCAGACUAUGAUAGAGGAGAACACCUACCCUUUGUUUUUGAAGUCUGACAUAUAUUUGGAAUACACCAGGACGGGUGGGGAAAGUCCUAAGCUGUUCAGUGACCAGAGCUCGGUGACGGGGAACGGCAAAGUCUUGCCGGGCUGCUUGCCGACUCUGCACGAAGACAAGGAAUGGCGGUGCGACCAGGGCGAGGAACAGCACCCGGAUAGUGACCCCAACCCGAGCAACAGGCUGACCCAGAAGCUGCUUAUGGAAACCGUGCCUCAGCGGGUGGCCAGCAGUAAGAGAUAUCAGGACAACCUUGAGUACAGGCAUUCGUCAUGGAGAGAGCCCGUCAAUCCAUACUACGUGAACACCGGCUACGCCAUGGCUCCCGCCACCAGCGCCAACGACAGCGAGCAACAGAGCAUGUCAAGCGACGCAGACACUCUCUCUCUGACCGACAGCAGCAUAGACGGAGUCCCACCUUACAGAUACCGCAAACCACACCGACGCGAGAUACACGAAAGUGCCAAAGUUAACGGGCGAGUGCCACUACCUCAUAUUCCUCGCACAAACCGGAUUCCAAAGGAUAUUCACGUGGAGCCAGAGAAGUUCGCAGCAGAGCUGAUCAGCAGGCUGGAGGGGGUGCUGAGAGAACGCGAAGCACAGGAGAAACUGGAGGAGAGACUCAAGAGGGUUAGACUGGAAGAGGAAGGCGAUGAUGCCGACAUCUCCACCGCUCCCUCUCUGGCCAAUCACAGGAUUCCUCCCGUCCACGUGCAGCAUUAUGGUGGUCGCUACUCUGAAAUGAGCUACAACGGGCUGCAGCUGCGAGACGCGCACGAGGAGAACCCUGAGAGCAUCCUGGAUGAGCACGUGCAGCGCGUCAUGAAAACGCCCGGGUGUCAGUCUCCCGGCACGGGCCGCCACUCUCCCAAGUCCCGCUCCCCAGACGGGCUGCCGGCGGGCAAGAUGUCUGGCAUGAUGAUGCCAAUGUCUGGUGGACAAGGCAAACACCAGGCACGGCUGGGGCCUAAGGGUGAGGCGGCCCACAUGCACCAUCACAAACACGUUCACCACACGCACUAUGUUGCCGGGGGAAAACCCAAAGAGCAGGCCGAGGCGGAAGCCAUGAGGACAAACGGAGGCUUCGCUUGGAACAUGGAGCAGCACCACAACGGAUCCAAGUCGCGGAACUACGCGGACGGGAUGAGCGUCGGCCCAAACGCCAUGGACCCAAUGGGUUACGGCAGUAAAGGCAGCACGCUAUCCAAGCGAACUGUCAGGAAAGGAGACGACGGACGGAACUUUGAGAUGCGAGAUCCUUUCCAACCCGAGGACAUGGAGAGGAACCAGAAGAUUCUACAGUGGAUGAUGGAAGGAGAAAAAGAAGCUGGACGAUACAAGAGGAGCCCUUACGGGAGCGUCUCGGGCUCCAAGAAGGUCCAAAGUCACGAGGUGUCGAGGCCCAGCUCUGUGGAGCGCCCAGGAGCGGUUCACCCCUGGGUCACAGCUCAGCUCCGCAACAACGUGCAGCCCUCGCAUCCCUUCAUCCAGGAUCCGACCAUGCCUCCCAACCCUGCCCCCAACCCCCUCACGCAGCUGGAGGAGGCGCGUAGGAGGCUCGAAGAGGAGAAGAAGAAAUCUGGUACUUUGCAGGCCAAGCAGAGGUAUGUGCUGGAAGUGAUCCAGAGGGGUCGCGCCGCUGUCAGGCCCGCUCUGAUUCCCCUGCUCAGUGUGGUGCCAGCCGUCUCCGACACGGAGCUCUUUGAGACGGAGCACAAGAAUAUGAAGAAGCAGCCCUGUGAGAACAUCACUGUGGCGUAUUACUUCUGCGGAGAGCCCAUCCCUUACAGAACGUCCGUCAAAGGGAGGAUUGUCACGCUGGGACAGUUUAAGGAGCUGCUGACCAAGAAAGGGAGCUACAGGUAUUAUUUCAAGAAAGUAAGCGACGAGUUUGACUGCGGAGUGGUGUUCGAGGAGGUGCGUGAGGAUGACGCCAUCCUGCCCAUCUUCGAGGAGAAGAUCAUCGGAAAAGUCGAGAAGAUUGACUGAAACAAGGCGGAAACUGAAAGGAGAGACAAUAGGGAGAAAGGAGUUGUGCUCUGGAGUUGUGGAGUUACGGGAGGGAGCGGUGUGGAGGUGCUGAGAGGGUUUAUGGACGUGCAGGAGCGAGUGGAAAGUACUGCACAACAGCUGCUCAGCUUAACAUCACUGCAUUGUGCCGAGAGCCUUUGGACUCACAGAGGGGGUAAAGCGAGACGGUUUUCUCUCACCUUUGGUAUAUUUCUAACUCUGAAAUGUAAUGUAAUGUAGCAAUGUAAAGUUAGACUAGAAAAAAGUACUAUGAAUAUGUUUACUAAAGCUGCAUAUUUUUGAUAUGACGUAUCAGAAGGAACAUAUCCUUUCUAAUUUAACAACUCUUGUAAUUUUAUAUGUACUGGUACCAGAUGUGUACAGACUGUCUGUUUAAAAGCAAAAAGAGAAAGUUUUAUAUCUAUUUAAAUAUUUAAAAAAAGGACAAAAAAAACCACCCGUAUCAAAGCUGCGGGCAUCAACCCGAGAAGUUUUUUUUACGAGACUCGCGGAGGCAGUUUGAGACCAGAAUGGCAGAAACCAUAGCUCACGCUUUACCAAGUGCUUUUAACUCAUACAACCGUUUUUUAAUAAGUUCGGCACGUAAUCGAGACGCGCCGCUGCGAUAUGCAUUGAUGUCAAACAAGAGGGAGAUUAGCUUUGAGCGCAGGUCCUGUUCGCCGAUGCACGGUCGCUCUGUGGCUUUGAACUUGUUGCUCGGCCACAUUGUUAUCUGUGUGAUGUCACAGCUUACAUAAUAUACAACCUGCAUAAUACUCCCUCCCCUCUUCACACGUGAAAGGGUGAAAUUACCCGUGCAGUUGAACAAACCGAGCAUACCAAUGUUACUUAAAGAUAUAUAGGCAUGUAGUUUGUAUCCUUAACAUGUGAGGAUGAAUUGAAAGUCAUUUUGGAGAAGCUUAGAGGGGUCGUGUUUAGAAUGAGUGAAUGUGUACGUGGUUGUGGUUAUAUGAGCGCAUAUGCGUGUGCUCCCGGGGUCCAUACAGAGUGCCAUUGGAUGACAUAACGAUCAUGUUUACACUUACCUUAAUGUAUUUCAGUCAAAAGAUACAAAUAGAGAAUUGUAGCAUUUUAGCUUAACAUGGCUAAAUCUGGUGCCUGACGAAUAUGAAUGGUUUCGUGGUCGAUUUAGCCGAACAUGGUCUGCAUUGAGAUCAUGAAACACCAAAGAGAACAAAAUAUCUUAGGAGUUGAAUAAAAUCCAUUUGCGAAUAACGUAAAUGAAGCUCCUCGAUUACAACGCAACGCUUUCAGUUUGUGUGUUGUAACGUACGCUGGUGCUGAUCUGUGAAGUGUACUAACCGCUAGGAAUGGGCUGGCGACGACCAGACGUGGUGCUGUUAUAAUGUUAGAACACUUCUUGUUGUACUGGCAUCCCAUCUUCCUGUGUUAGCAAAUAUUUUAAUUAUAUCCCCAUUUUAAGUUGUGGUGUCAUUUUUUUAUCUCGUUUUUCCCUCGUUCAGUUUGAAUCAUGUCAGUCCUCCAUCCACUUGAACAAUAUGGGUACUCAGUGCAGAAUGUCAAACAUUUCUUAUGUUCCAUCGAAACAUUUUGAUUUUGCCGUAAUUGUCACAGUGCUUUUCAGCGGGGGUGUAAAGUGUUAACUACUGUGAAUAGCCUGGACGUGAGCUUGUCUCACCCAAACGAUGGAUUUCCUGUACAUAGACAUCACAGAGUGCCUUUCUGACCACGCUCAUCUCCGAUUCACUGUCUGCUCUCCUCACCCCACGUGUCUAGUACCAGGGACACGCAUUAUGUUUUUAAGAACUUUUUUGUUUGUUUCCUAUGCGGCGCGCAUCGCCACACUUCAAGUCUUUUUAUGUAAAUAUGUACAUUUUUCUAUGUGUCUUCAACUACAACCAGCAACCCCAUUUGGAUAUUUAGUGCCCUGGUUCUGCUUCAGAUUGCAGAGUUGUACAGUUAUCAUUUUAUGGUACUUUGGACAAUAAAGACAUGUAAUAAAAUAUAUGCAUUGUUCUUUUGU